AUGAAGACGACGCGGCUUCUCCAUGUCACGGCGGCGAUAGUUCUUCUCCUCCUCGUGGCCUUAUCUCCGCCGCUGGUUUCCGGCAACCCAGGACGGCGAGUCAGCAUGACACUGGUUCGAGACGCCGCUGCUCUUGGUGCUUUUUGCUUGGACGGUAGCUUACCGGCGUAUAAUUUAGACAGAGGCUUCGGUGCUGGAUCAAACAAUUGGCUUUUGCAGUUUGAGGGAGGAGGAUGGUGCAAUGAUAUAGCAUCAUGCGUUGAUAGAUCAAAGACAUUUCGAGGCUCGACACGUUUCAUGAGCAAAACCGUCGUCUUCUCCGGAAUCUUGAGCAAUAACGCUUCUUUAAAUCCAGAUUUUUACAACUGGAACAGAGUGAGACUGAGGUAUUGCGAUGGAGCUUCGUUUGCAGGAGAUACACAAUUUGGCAACGGGACGUCGUUGCUUUAUUUCAGAGGACAACGAAUAUGGAAUGCCAUUAUUCUUGACCUUCUACCUAAAGGUUUAGCAAAAGCCCGUAAGGCUCUUCUGACCGGUUGUUCAGCUGGUGGUUUGUCUACAUUUUUGCAUUGUGACAAUUUCACGAGCUAUUUGCCAAAAACCGCAAACGUUAAGUGCAUGAGCGACGCUGGAUUCUUUCUUGACGCAAUCGAUGUAGCAUCAAACCGGACAAUGAGAUCACUUUACACACAGCUUGUGUCUCUACAGGGUAUACAAAAAAACCUCGAUCCAAACUGUACACGAGCAUUUUAUCCCGAGCCAUCUUUGUGUUUUUUCCCGCAAUACGUAUUGCGAUUCAUUAAAACGCCAUUUUUCAUCUUAAAUUCAGCCUAUGAUGUAUUCCAGUUCCAUCAUGGGCUGGUUCCACCUUCUGCUGACCGUACCGGACGUUGGAACCGUUGUAAGCGUAAUGUAACUGCAUGUAAUCCACACCAGCUCGAUGCACUUCAAGGGUUUAGAAAUGAUAUGUUGGGAACAUUAAUGAAUUUCUUCAGAAAUUCAACGAGAGGAGGAAUGUUUAUAAACUCAUGUUUUGAUCAUUGUCAAAGUGCUUUACAAGAGACUUGGUUCUCUCCCACUUCACCUAGAAUCCAUAAUAAGACAAUUGCUGAGACGGUUGGAGAUUGGUAUUUCGGGAGAGAAAAAGAAGCUAAAGAAAUUGAUUGUCCAUAUCCAUGUGAUAAAACUUGUCAUAAUCUCAUUCCAGCUUCUACCGAUUCUUUGGCUCCUAAUGCUCCAGACCAUAACUCUCGCGGUGGUCGAAGUCAAGUUGAUCUAGAUGAUCUUAUAUCGUGA